CUCUCUCAGCAAGCAUGUCCUUCGACGAGGAGCGCGCCGGCCCAUCAGCGCCCUCGGCGCCCGCGCCCUACUCGCGCAUCGUGCAGCACAUGCGCAUCGAGCAGCCGCAGCAGAGCAUCAAGGGCACGUAUCAGAUCUCGCCGUACGCCGCCAAUCCGCAGCCGCCGCGCUUCGACAUGCCGCGCGCCGAAGUGCUCGCCGCCAGUUCGGCGAGCGCAGCCUUUGAGGCGCGCAACUCGGCCGUCAACGUGACUGUCGUGGUGCGCGCGGCGGGCGAGGGAGAGCACGAGGAGCCACGCUGGGGCAGCGCGCAUCGCAGGAGUAGAAGCAAGGGAGGAGGCGAGGGUGCCAGACCGGGCAAGCCCGUUUUUGUCAACGUCAAGAGCUACCUGUCCUAUGUCAAGCUGCAGAUGGUGGGUCACGACGUGGCGGCCGAGAGGACCGAGGCGUGGCAGUGACUCGCGAGCGGGCGGAGCGAGACAGGGCGAAGUGAUGCGAUGGGCAGCAUUGUGGCCGCGAAUCACUGGAGUGCCCAGGCGCCUCUGCUGACACCAGCCUCUGUGCAGCCACAAUACCAGAUCUCUGCGCCCCUGAGCAUCCGCGCAAAGUCCAAAGGCGGCGACGUGCACGUCCACCUGCCUCCCACGUUCUCCGGCAUGCUCUCCUGGGUCUCCGACAGCGGCACCUUGCGGCUUUCUCCCGGCGUUCAAGCGCGCUACACGCCCGUCGGCGAGAGCAAGAAGCACAGAGGCGUCGGACGCAUCGUGCCGCCAGAGGGCGCGGAUCAGCCACUGAGAGGCGACAGCGCCGAGCUGAUCAGCACGAGGG